UAUUAAUAGUUCAUACUCCGUUCAGUAGUUGAGGACUAACGAUUUGUAAGAAUAUGAUAUUAUAUACAUAAUAUGAUAAAAAUAUAUAAUGUACAGUAAAGUUGUUCACCGUAGUUUCGAACACUGAACAGUUCGUCACAGAAUAAACUUUAUUACACUAAUAUUAUUCUGGCAAUUACCCGAAUGCCGCUGUGCCGUCCGCCGUAUUAUCACUUUAGUUUAUAACAGUAAUAACAUUCAAUUUAAUCUAAUUUUUCAUAUUUUAUAUUAAAGUUUUACAGUCGCGAUUGUCUGAUUGAUUGCAUGUUCCGAAGUGAUCAAUUUUAUUAUAUUCGUAGUGCUGUCAAAUAAGUGAUGUGCUAUCAGUUAGCGUUGUCGUCUGUAGACCCGCUAUAGUUGUUAUAAUAAAAUACUUAUCGCUUGUACUGUUAAGCGUACAUCUUACAGUGUUAUACACACAAUGUUGGAUGCACAGGAACCAAAGUCUAAAAAACCAGCAGAUACAGCAUUCAAACAACAACGAUUGCCUGCGUGGCAACCAAUUCUAACGGCCCGCAAUGUAAUGCCCAUAUUCUUUGCAGUUGCCGCAGCGUUUGUUCCGAUUGGCAUAGGUUUACUAUACCUUACAAAUCUAGUUCAAGAAUUUACUCUUGAUUAUACCUACUGCAAAAAUGUUGAUAAUUUGACUGAAUCUUGUGCAGAACACAUAAAAAGCAAUCGUAACUUGUCUUGUAAUUGUAUUAUUCCAUUUAAAUUGGAAGAAGAUUUUUCUCCUAAUGUUUUCAUGUACUAUGGAUUAACCAACUAUUACCAAAACCAUCGGCGCUAUGUAAAAUCAAGGGACGAUUUUCAGUUGCUUGGAAAACUUAGCAAAACUCCAUCUAGUGAUUGUGCACCUUUUGAUUAUCACAACAACAAACCAAUUGCUCCUUGUGGAGCUAUUGCCAAUUCAUUAUUCAGUGAUAACUUAACAUUGGUGUACAAUGAUAAACCUGUUCCAUUACUUCGAACACAAAUUGCUUGGGAAUCUGAUAAAAAUAUCAAGUAUCAAAAUCCAAAAGGAGAUUUGAAAGAAGCAUUUAAAGAUUUUGAAAAACCAAUUGACUGGCGUGUGAAUAUAUGGGAAUUGGAUAAGGAAAAUGAUUCAAAUAAUGGUUUUGAAAAUGAAGAUUUGAUUGUUUGGAUGCGAACUGCUGCACUUCCUGAUUUUCGUAAAUUAUACAGACGUAUUGAACAUAAAAAUGAAUUUAAAAACGGCUUACCUAAAGGAAAUUACAAAUUAGUCAUAGAAUAUAAUUAUCCAGUUGCAGGCUUUGGCGGAACAAAAAGUCUGAUACUAUCUAACACUUCAUUUACAGGGGGCAGAAAUUUGUUUCUUGGAUAUGCUUAUAUUGUUGUUGGAUGUUGUUGCUUUUUAUUAGGGUUAAUGUUUUUAAUUCUUCAUAUCAAAUAUAAACCCAGUGCAAAUACAGGAGAUAUUACUAUUGUUUCCCCAUCAACAUCUUAUCAGUGAUUCAGCAUAAUUAUUUCUUAAAGAAAUAAUUCCUGGUGUUAUCUGCACGUACAAAUCUAAUUAGGCUGUGCUUAAAUUAGCAACUAAUGAGCUUUAUAAGACAAUGUGAUAUAUUUAAAAAAAUCAUAUUUUAAUUUAUCACAAUUGUUUAAUCACAAUCGACCAAUAUCUAAUUUAUUUUAUAAUGUACUUAUAAGUUAAAUUAUUUAAGCAUAUAAUAUAUCUUUAAUACAUAUAACACCAUAUAACUUAAAUCAGUUAAAUCCAAUAUAUAUUAAGUUGUACUAUUAUUUAUUAUGAAACACUGUCACUUAAAUAAGUUUUGAUAAUUUAUUAAAAUUUGUUAUAAUAAUCAUUUGUUACCUUUAUAAAACAAUUUUAAGCUUUAAACUAUAUAUUUGCACGUUGUUUUAAUGUAAAAUGAAUAGUAAAUAAGGAUUUUAAGUAUGUGUUUCUAGUCAUAGGGGUUAACAUUUGUUAGCUGUUAUUAAGACUUAAUUUUAGAACAAUAUAAAGCUUUUUUAUUAUUAUUUGUUUACAUUUAAACAUUAAACAAUAACAUAUUUGUUGAUUUUA